AUGUUCUCCGCAACCCUUCGCUCACGGGCAGCCUCCUCGGCCUCGCUCCAAUCUCCUCCCUCAUCAUCAUCCUCCGGCGAGCCCCUCACCCACUACCGUAUCACUCUUCGCCGUUCCGCCAUUGCCCUCCCUAUGAACAUCAAGGGUACCCUCGCCGCUCUCGGGAUUCACCGGCGACUGCAAACUGUCUUCCACAGACACACGCCGGAUAUUGCGGGCAAGAUCCUGACGAUCAAGGAGCUCGUAACGGUCGAGAACGUGCCAGAGUCGGCUGUUCGGACAAAAUGGGAGCAGAGGCAGGAGAGGAAGGCCUCGAGAGGGUACGAGGUCGCUGGCUCAAAGCUCGGCGCUGAGCCGUAG